GGCUGCACGAGAACUAAUGACACGGUUGUUGUCGAGGCCGUGGACUCUCGAAAAGUCGAGCCAAGGACGUGUUCGACGUGCGUGCGAAGUUGACCGAAGAAGACUCCCGACAACUUUCCCCCAAACUCAACGGCGGCUCGUUUGGACGCGGCUUCCACAUUCAGCCCUACGAUGUAUCAGCUGUUGCGGUCGUGUUUACUAUCAGACGCCCGGUGCCACCGGGAUGCAGGCAGCAAGAAGCCCUACCAGGACCUGUUCGACAGGCUCGAUACCAACAACGACGGGAAGGUAGAUGUGGCCGAGUUGCGCGCGGGCCUCAAGGCGAUGGGCAUGUUCCGCCAGGGUGCUGCUCAGAAAAUUGUGUCGUCCGGUGACCACAACAAAGAUGGGAGUCUGGACUUCAACGAGUUCACCAGGUAUCUGAAAGAGCACGAGAAGAAGCUGAGGCUCACCUUCAAGAGUUUGGACAGAAACAACGAUGGGCGCAUUGAUGCCUCAGAGAUCCAGCAUAGCCUGGCAGAGUUGGGCAUGGAUGUCAGCCGAGAGGACGCCCUGAAAAUCCUACAGAGUAUGGAUAACGAUGGCACCAUGAUGGUGGACUGGUAUGAGUGGAGAGAACACUUCCUGUUAUACCCUGGCCACAACCUGGAAGAGAUCAUACGCUACUGGAAACACUCCACGGUGCUGGACAUAGGCGACAGCCUUGCCAUCCCUGAUGAAUUCACAGAAGAAGAGAAGAGCUCGGGCGGCCUGUGGAAGCAGCUUUUUGCCGGUGCUGUCGCGGGGGCCGUCUCUCGCACUGGUACUGCCCCCCUGGACAGGAUGAAAGUAUUAAUGCAGGUUCACUCCUCUAAGACCAACAAGAUAGGCGUGGUAGGGGGCUUCAGACAGAUGAUAACAGAAGGAGGUCUAACUUCACUGUGGAGGGGAAACGGAAUCAACGUUUUAAAGAUUGCACCUGAGACAUCAAUCAAAUUUAUGGCAUAUGAACAAUAUAAGAAAUUGUUAACAUCAGAUGGCAAAAAGAUUGAGACACACAAGAGGUUCAUGGCCGGCUCUCUGGCCGGAGCAACAGCACAGACAGCCAUCUACCCAAUGGAGGUAUUGAAAACUCGACUGACUCUGAGAAAGACUGGCCAGUUUUCAGGAGUGUUUGAUUGUGCCAAGAAGAUCCUGAGGCACGAGGGUGUCUUAGCUUUCUACAAGGGCUACAUUCCAAACUUACUGGGCAUCAUUCCAUACGCCGGGAUAGACCUCGCUGUUUAUGAGAGUCUAAAGAACACUUGGUUGUCGUACUACGCCAAAGACUCAGCGAACCCGGGAGUGCUGGUGUUGCUGGGCUGCGGAACCAUCUCGAGUACCUGCGGCCAGCUGGCUAGCUAUCCACUCGCGCUCGUACGCACACGGAUGCAGGCACAAGCAUCUCUGGAUGCAACAGACCAGCCCUCCAUGAGCUCUCUAAUGAAGAAGAUCGUAGCCAAAGAUGGUUUUUUCGGACUCUACCGUGGCAUCCUGCCGAACUUUAUGAAAGUCAUUCCUGCUGUCAGCAUUAGCUAUGUAGUUUACGAGUACAUGAAGACUGGCUUAGGAAUGUCCAAAUGAUAGUACAAGCAAAUAAAAAGAGAAGAACAUUUACUGGAUUUGUCAGACCUGACAAGGGCUGAGAUAACUCCGAAUGGCCGGAUGGACAUCGAACAUACGGAGCAUGACUUCCGCCAGCCAACACAAGAGUUUGACGCAUGGAAAACUGCAUGUACCCCAGGGUUGUCUAUCAGUACCUGAAGCAUUUAUCGUUUGUGGUGAGCAUGCUUUAAUUUUUUUAUCCUGCUGUCACACAUAACACACUCACCAAAUGUAUACACUCUAGAAAGCAAUACUGGAAGAGAACAAAGUACUGUAAAUGAAUGAAUGCAUGAUUAUAAGACUUUACAAACUUUAUCCUACUGUUAUUCUUUUAAGUCUUUGAUCAACCGCAAUAGUAGCUCAGUGGGACGUACUGUUGUGCUCUUUCUUAACAAAGGAAACACAUUUUCUCCAGAGAACGGUUUGUGCUAAUCCCAUGGGACUACACGGUAGGAUUAAUGCCUGUUUUUAACCCCUAAUUAGGGACAAUGACUCAAUACCAGUUUAAAUGUGGGAACCAAGACUGUUUAGCUGUAAUUUAACCCUUUGCUAAAUUGUAAACGCCUGCCCCAGAGUGACAUCAGCUCCAGGCAAACAUUGCUUCAAUCCGCAGCAGUCACCUUAAAAUAACUGUCCCUGAAAAAUCAAUACUUGCUAACACUGGAAUACUGCGUGUAUGAGGACACACAUUUUGUGCAAUGUGAAUAUCACUAAUUCCACAGUCUGUGUGUCUCAUAAUCAUUUAAAUGUGCCUUACAGACACUCAGUGUGAACAUUUUCACAUCAGCAGAUGUGUUGUUGUUUUUCUUUCCCUUUUUAUUGAGUAGACUGUCUGUCUGUUUAUCUGUGUACAUUUUUACUGUAUAUACAGUACAGUAUCUUUUGAAUAGUUUUGACUAUUUAUGGGGUUUAAUGAUGGUCACUUCUAUGUGGCAUGGCAGCAUUUUUAAGAAAACACUGAUAAUUUAUAAUUGGAGGAGCCUGUUUUUCCUCUUGUGUCCCUCCUCAUUUCAACACAUCUAAACCCAGACUUGACAACUAAACACCCACCCACAAUAGGAUCCAGUUACAUUUAACAGUUUGUUACUUGUCACACUGUGGAGAAGUUUGAUUGACCAUGGUAGCUGACAGUCUGCCUUUUGUCUUUAUUAGUUUAUUUAUGUUAUAUGUUUUUUAAGAAGCUAAGAAUAAUACUCCGAGCCCCACAGAGUGGGCUCUGGUUUGAAGAUUAAUGAGAUCACAGAGAUGUGUUGAGAUGUGUUAACAGCUUCACCUACUGGUUAAUAAAGAAAAAAACGUGUAAUAAAUGGUAUGAUAAUGGUU